AUGGCAAAUUAUGCUCGAGAUAUCGUUAUUUUUGGUAACCAUUACCGAGACCUUUACUCUGCGGAAGAGCGGCAUGGGCAGUCUGAGGGCGGAUGGCUUCUCAACCCAAGUGAGAGGUCUUUCAUACGUCAGCAAGCGACGGGUGACGGAUCCCAUAUCGUGACUGAGUGCCAGAAAAGGCUGGAUCUCGGGAUUCAGUACUACUAUGGGAUCAGAAACCAAAUCACGUCGAUCCUGCACACCUGGGAUGCUGUGAUUGCUGAAAAGAACCGGUCGGAUGAGGCAGGCUGGCAGGCACCAAGCCGCGAAUUUCUACAUGCUUUCCACAUCUGCUUAUAUCUGAUUCCCCAGAGAGUUAGGGUCGGAUUGCUGGGACCAUUCGAAAGCGUCGAAGGGGUUAAUGCGAGCUACAACUACGAUAUCCAUUCGGCCAGCGAUACCGAGAAGCGGUCGUCCAACAGCGGAAAUACAACAACAGCUUGUAACGAUGUCAAUGACGACUUGCCGGACUACGAGGACUUUGCCGAAUCCAGCCAGCGUACGCAGGCUGGUGAUGUAGAGGAUUCCGAGAUCCUCGCCCUUACCCCCAGCGAUGUUUUUACCCAGUGGGACUGUACUCAGUGGGACUGUAGUCAGUGGGACUGUAUAUCAAUCCCGAGCGGUAACAGCGACCAGCUCUCGUUAAAUGAAGAUAAAGACGAUGAUGACGACGAGCUCCCGCCCAGAGAAGAGGGAACUUCUGAGCCGAGCCGAGGGCGGUUUACUCGGCCUUGGCAGAGAUUUUUGCGCGAGAACGAGCCUGUAGGACUGGGACAAGCGCAGUUGAAUCGGGAGUCCUCGGGUCUGGGAAGCGCUGUGCCAUCGAAACGAAAAGCUGCCUACGACGAAGAGGAGCACGACUACGAAGAGCCCGCCAGCGGCAACGUUGAAAAGAGCAGAAAGCUACGUCGAAAGGCCAUGUAG